CACCGAGCCAGAGCCGGCCCGGAGCGUUCGACCGGGGAGUAUUUACAGCCUGAGCCUGCCCAGGAGAUGAUUGCCCUGAUCCUCUUCUCUGCCCUGCUGUGGGACGAGGCUGGAGCGUGGGGCUUCAAGGAUGGGGUGCUGCACAACUCCAUCUGGCUGGAGCGGGCAGCCGGCGUGUACCACCGGGAAUCGCGCUCCGGGAAGUACCGGCUCACCUACGCCGAGGCCAAGGCCGUGUGCGAGUACGAGGGAGGACACCUGGCCACGUACCAGCAGCUGGAGGCGGCCCGGAAAAUAGGUUUCCACGUGUGUGCUGCUGGCUGGAUGGCCAAGGGCAGGGUUGGUUAUCCCAUAGUAAAAGCUGGAGCCAACUGUGGCUUUGGGAAGACCGGAAUUGUUGACUACGGGAUUCGCCUCAACCGCAGCGAGAGGUGGGACGCCUACUGCUACAACCCCCACGGAAAGGAGUGUGGGGGAGUCUUCACCGAUUCCAGGCACGUGUUUAAGUCCCCAGGGUACCCGAAUGAGUACGAAAACGAGCAGAUUUGCUACUGGCACAUCCGAGUCAAGUACGGCCAGAGGAUCCACCUGCAGUUCCUGGAGUUCGACGUGGAAGAUGACGUUGCCUGCAUGGCGGAUUUCCUGGAAAUCUACGACAGCUAUGACGAUGUCAAUGGCUUCGUGGGCAGGUUUUGUGGAGAUGAGUUGCCCGAUGACAUCAUCAGCACAGGCAACGUCAUGACCUUGAAGUUUCUGACAGAUGCCUCGGUGACUGCGGGUGGGUUCCAGAUUCGAUACACCACCCUGGACACGCCUCCCAGGGCAGGGGAUGCAAGGAAUGCAACAUCCCCCGGGAAAACAAACUACUUCUCCGGAAAAUUCGGCGUCCUGUGAGCAGAGGGACCAGAACCACGUCAAGAAGCGCGUCUCAGAACGAACCCAAUCCAGAUAUCUGUGCCUGCAGACAUCUGAAGUUUCGGUCAUCUCUUCCUGACUUUUUAUUUCCUGCUUUUCUACAGGUUUUGUUAAUAAACUAGACUAGGAAAUAAAUUAUAAGAUGUACUUAACGUGAAUAAUAGAAAACUAUUUUUUAGGAUACGAGUACUGUAAAAAUCUGUCGGCAAAGAUUUAAAAAUUAUUUUUGUAUACAAACUGCUCCUUCUCCUCAUUUCUUGUACUGUUUGAUCAAACCUUUUGUGUCACUGUUUCACUUAUGUUUAAAUUUAACAGGCUGUCCUCUCCAUAUUUUUCUUGAUUUCUACAUAUUUAUUUUUUAGACUGUUGCUUUGGGUUUUUUUUUUUCCUGUUCUCCCCAUAUUAUCAUUCAUUUAAUUGACUGAUUUCCUUGAACUCGAAGGGCCUUUAGAAUAAGGUGAUUUUUAAGACACGUAAAUUGAUUUUAUGGGCGGCACGAAGAGCACGGGAUCAAUCCUCCCAACAUCACGACUGUGGUGUGAGAUGGAUGGAUUUUUGUCAGGCUUCCUCACCCAGAGAAGAGAUAUUAAAGUGCUUCCACCUCUCUGAUUCCAGCAAAAAGAAUCAAAUGGGCAAUUUUGGAAUAAAGAAUAAAACUGGUGGGAUGAAGCAUCAGGAGGAAUCACUCCCGGAGUUCCUGGCACGUUCUGAAGACACUGUUGAUGUGUUGCUGUUGUUUACACGGGUUUGAGACUGUUCUGGUUUAAAUUGACCAAUUUCAAUCAUUCUCCACGUGUUUUUAACUUCAGUCUGAAGCAGCAUU